UUCUGUGCUAGCAGGUGCCGGGAGAGGUUGUAACCAAAGCGAAACUAUGACUGAUGAGAUAGUGAAUCCCAACGAGCAUCUGAUCAUCCCCGAUUGGAUCAACGAGAAGUACUUUGAGAAGGUGCUGGCUCAGGACGAACCGGAUCAUGUAAAGGUCCUUAAAUUUACGCCUGUGGCGGCGAUUCCACCAGGCGAGAACUUCACCUCGACCAUGCUAAGGAUUUACAUUAAAUUGGAAAUGAAGGAUGGAACUAUCAAAACAAAGACGUACAUCUUCAAGACAAUGCUUCCGGAUGAGCGGGGAGGCAGUGACAUCAACGACUUUGGCCUUUUUCCCAAAGAGGCCAAGAUGUACAAGACAUAUCUACCAGCUUUUGAAGAACUUUACAAGGAUGUAGGAUGGGAUAUACAAUUGGCGCCCAAGUGCCUGCACACUGAGGAGCGGAAUGGGGACAUUUACUUUAUCUUCGAAGAUCUUGCAGUGAAAAGAUUCAAGAACAUGGAUCGUACCAAGGGCCUGGACAUGCAGCACAUGACAAAGUCGCUGCACAAAUUGGCGGAGUAUCAUGCAGCCAGUGCGGUAUACGAGGAGCAGCAUGGUCCAUAUCCCAAGGAUUUCUUUGAGGGUUUCGUCACCCGUAAGCCAGAAGUUAAGAAGUUCCAUGUAGAUUUAUUUAAUAUUAGAAGGAAUGCUUUCAAGAAAGCCAUUCUUACCUGGGGUUUGAAGGACGCCGAGAAAUAUGUCAAGGCAUUUCCUACCACGGAACAAUUUUGGGCGCAGUGUCUAAGUACCCUGGAUUUGGAUCCCAGUGAAUUCAAUGUCCUUAAUCAUGGCGACUUCUGGUCCAGCAACCUGAUGAGCAGCUAUCUUCCUGAUGGUACCCUGGACAAGCUCAUCCUCAUCGACUUCCAGAUAACAACGUGGGGCAGUCCCGCUGUGGAUCUGCUCUUCUUCCUUAUCCUUUCGCCUGCCAAUGACCUUCGCUUAAAGGAGUUUGAUAAUUUUGUGAGAAUCUAUUGGGAUCGCCUGAUCGAAUGCCUUAAGGUGCUGAAGUUCAAGAAGCCUUUGCCCCAGUUAAGGGACCUACAUAGGUCUUUGUACAAGAAGAACCAUUCGUUCUAUGUUUUAUUCAGCAUAAUGGGUCACCUGCCCAUAAUUCUGUUUCCCACUGACAAGGACAGCAGUCUGCACAACUUGUCCGCGGAAACAGAAGAGGGAGAAAGCCUUCGAUUUCGUAUGCUCUCCAACCCCGCGAUAGGAGGUGUGAUGAAGGAUCUAUAUCCCUUCCUCUACAAUCGCGGAAUUUUAAACUUUGAAGACUAUGAAGUGUGAUAUUCUGUAAAAACUGUUUACGACAGCAUGUUUAUCUUAUCAGUACGAUUUUAACUCUCGAGUCUACUUGAUUAGACUUGUAGGUUGUAAUCCCUUUAUAGGGGUAAUGCUAAUGCCAAAUUAAGAGGCUUAUAAGGAGAGUAACACCAAAUAAAUAAAAAAAAAAAU